AUGUCACGACACCUGGCGGCGAAAUACCUUGCGAGUCAUCGCAAGCGGAAGCGUGAGGAGAGAGAGAGGGAGAACAGAGUGGUGGCGCCACUGAGGCAAGCUGAGGAGACGAUUGCUGAUCGUGAUGAGGAGGAGAAGGAGGGAGAGCAGGAGAUGGAGAAGGAGGAGGGAGAGCAGGAGAUGGAGGAGGAAGAGGAGAUCAAGGCACCGAAACCGCGGAGGCCUGCCAAGACGAGCGCUGAGCGCGUCAGGGAAUUCCGCCAGCGGAAGAAACUGAAAGCGCAAGAGGAGGCCGAGCGAGGAGGUACAGUAGCGGCCGGUAACCCAGCAGCAACUGUGAAUUUGGAGCCGAUGCCCGGCCCGAGCACGGGGCCAGUACGGUUCUACCCACGACCUGACCCGGUUCAGAUUCCAUCGGGUUCUGGAAGGGGCACGUUUCAGGCCGAUUCCGAGACAUUUCUUGGAAUCGUACCGACUCGUUCCGCUCUGAACGAGUCCUCUCAGGUAUCAGUACCCAAUAGUCAGGAGACGGGUACGACUGCCACAGCUGGUGGCAAGCCAGAUUGCGCGAAGGCCGACAUUGCUUUUCACAAAAAGUUUACCAACAACAAACUGGGUGAUUAUUGCAAUGUUUGUGAACGCAUCUGGUUCAGCAAUGACUUGAGGCCCAUCACAAGCGAUGGCGGGAGAGUGUUGGUCGAGGCAGGCCACUUUGAGUCAGUCGCGGGAUUCAAGGUGUGCCAGACCUGCAACAACUCUCUGAGGAAUGGAAAAUUGGUAACGUGCUUUGAAAUUUUAGGAAGCUACACAAUCAUCGGGCAGAUCAUAAAUGUCCCUGUUGAUGUCAACGAGAUGGUUCGGAUGCUUCCGCGUCAAUUGGAAGAUGAUUACGCCUUUAAUGUUUGCAUUAAAAAGCAAUUGAUCCACAAGUCUAACUACCUGCAGGGAUAUGUCAAGAAGUCUGUCGUUAAAGCUUGGCUUCGCUAUCUUAUCAACACUCCGUUGUAUAAGCGCGAAGGUAUCGUUUUGGAUGAAAGCCUCAUGGAACCGGAUGUACCAGAAGGUACUGACGGUGAGGAACUGAUUGAGCUGGAAGUAUCGGAAGUCGAGGAUGUCCCAAGAGAUGUCCCAAGAAUUCCCCAGCAGAACGACCAAAUUGCACUUGACGUACUCGAAACUGAAGCGGAAUUGUUCGCAGGACAGCAACAGACCGUCUUCUGGAACGAGGACAUGAGUCUUAAUAUUGCUCCUGGUCAGAACCGAAUGCCGACUUCCAUCGUGUACGAUCAGUAUGCAGAAGAGCUUUCUUUUCCCGGAAUCUACCAAGGAAAAAUGCGAUCGUACAGGAAAGGGGUUCGCGUUACUCCUUACGAUAAGGCUACCAGUGAAACUAGACGACGUGACCGGCGUGGAGCAAAGCCGACUCACAUCCUGUACAUGGGUGUUAAGAUCAUGCGUCUUCGGGUUCACGAUGGAGUUUCGAGCUCCUUUAGGGUCCAAGGUACGAACAAUGUGACCCGUGCUCAACUCAGUGACCCGCAGUUCAUGCAGAGCCUUAUCGAGAGGAACUUCGCGUGGCUGAAAUCGAUUCCGAACUCGGCAUUGUACUGGCAGAUACGGGAGAAAGAUUUGUUCGCCAUGAUUCGACAGCUGGGAAAGCCAACGGUUUUCUUGACUAUGAGUGCUAACGAGACUCACUGGCCCGAACUGCUGAAGAUACUGUACAAGCUCUCGGAUCAAGAGAACAGGAUCGACUUGACAGAACCGAUGGAGCAACUAACAGCACUUCAAAGAGCAGUAUUGGUCAGUGAAGAUCCAGUCACGUGCUGCCUCUAUUUCAACAAGCUGAUCGAAGUCAUCCUCUUGAUCUUGGGUUCGAAAACUCAUAGUCCGUUCGGGAAGUACUACGUCGUCGAUUACUUCAAACGGAUUGAGUUCCAGCAUCGCGGUAGUCCCCACUGCCAUGCAGUGCUUUGGCUCGCCAACGAUCCCAAGGAACCUGCUUCCGAGCACAUGCCUGCUACUCUGGAACUGAUCAACACCAUCACUUCCAUUAGAUUCGAGGACCUUCCCACGCAGACGGCUACUAAGCAGGUUCAUCGUUGCACGUUCACUUGCACAAAGCGAGGGGAAAAGCGCUGUCGGUUCAAUAUACCGUACUGGCCCAUGAAGGAACAACGGGUCCUGCUUCCUCUUAAGGCUGACGAUAGUCGCCGCAAAGAGUUGAAGAAACGCGCUGAGGAAAUGCGUGAUGUCCUGGCAACAAUGGUAUUCGAUACGAUUGAGGACUAUCUGGCCCACUGCGAGUGUACAUACGAGUACUACCUGGAUGUAGUUCGUGCAUCGCUGAAACAGCCUACGGUCUUCUACAAGCGCUCGAUGGAUGAAAAGGAACUGCGAACGAAUCCGUUCAACGCAUGGAUUGCGGACAAGCUGCGUUCGAACAUGGAUCUCCAGUUUAUUGUUGACGAAAAGAAACUUUGCCACUACCUGGUAGAGUACGUCAACAAGUCCAAUCGUGGUGUUAGUGGAUUGCACCGAGAGCUGAUCCUCAUGCAAGAGCAGAACCCCGGAGCGGACUACGGCGAGAUGCUGAAGAAGAUCAGUCUGAAGAUGCUUGGAGCCGUGGAGAUGUGCGCUCAGGAAGCAGCCUGGUUCCUACUGCGAUUGCCGAUGUCCGAGGCAAGUAAGAAAGUUGAGUUCAUUCCAACUGCGUGGCCCCAAGACCGGACAAGAAGCAGGAAGCACUUCAAGACCAUGGAUGCAGAAGGAGUUGGCGAUGACUCGACUGAUGUGUGGAACAAGAACAUCAUCGAGAAGUACGAAGAGCGUGAAGGCCUGGAAAACGUCUGCUUGGCUGAGUUCGUAGCUUGGUAUUCUCAGGAAAGAGGUAAAAACAGCUACAAGAAAAGGACACAGCCAAGGGUGCUGCGUUGGCGCGGAUUCGGUAUGAGCGAGCUUACUGAGUAUAAGCGCGAAUCUGUUCUCCUGUUUCUGCCAUUUCGUAAUGAGGUGGUGGAUGUUCUCGACCAGAAUAAGUUCCUCCAGUUGUACGAUUUGCAUGAGGAACAACUCUUGGCAAAGCGUAAGGAAUACGACUGUGAGUUGAAUAUGGAGCAAACGGUCGAGGAGUAUCUGCGCACUAUUGCGAACUUGGAGGAUGGAGCGGAGAACAACGCAGCAACCGAAAAGCACGACGAGCUGGUGCGGACAGUCAUCAUGCAGCCGAAUAAUGAUGACUUUGAGCUGCUGCCCACAAGAGGUUUAAGAUCUGUCAUCAAGCAACGCACAAACGUGUUGUCGAAGGAGGCAUAUUGUGAGAUGAUGCGAGCUACGAAUGCAGAGCAACGGGCAUUGCUUCAGCACGUAAUCCAUCUGAUGCAUUGCUACGAAGAGCACGAGCCGCUGCAGGUUUUCUUGACCGGUCCGGCAGGAAGCGGCAAAACCUUCCUAUUGCGUGCGCUUAUGGAAACGAUCAAUCGGUACAGCCAAACUCACAACUCCCGCGACAACGCGUAUGUAGCUUCAGCUUCGACUGGAAAAGCAGCCAGCGCAAUUGGUGGAACCACCCUGCACCACGCUUACCACAUCACCAUGUCUCGCCAGGCAACGAAGAUGAAUUUCGAAACGCUCCAGAUGUACAGGAACGAGAUGCAGCAUAUCAAGUUUCACAUCAUCGAUGAGGUCAGCAUGGUUGGCGCCCACACCCUGAAUACCGCACACAUACGCCUCCAGGAUGUUUACAUGAUCUAUGAUGUUGCAUAUGGCGGUGUGAAUGUGUUGGUGAGUGGAGAUUUGAUGCAGUUGCCCCCAGUCAAUGCUCGCGCCGUGUUCAAGCCUCCGUCGAACUCCAUCUGUGGCGCUGUGGUGUGGCAGUCGUUGAUGUUUCACGAGCUCAAACAGGUUAUGCGUCAGGCGGAUAAGCAGUUUUCAGACAUUCUUACCAAGAUUGGUAAUGGGCUGAAACUGACCGCCGAUGAAACCAAACUGAUCGAGAGCCGUUUCUUCACAAAAGAGGAUCUGAGCAAGGAGGACACUGGCGGGGCGGUACGACUGUUCCAUCGGAACAUUGACGUAACCAGCUACAACAACGAAGCGCUGAGAAACAUUGACGGGCUAGAUUGCACAGCAGACGACACCUUUGUGGGAUACAAGACUGCAGAGCAACUGGCAACUGCUCGUAUCAAACUCUACAAGAUGAGUCUGGCUGAAACGGCAGGUUUGCAGUAUACAACUAAGUUCUGUCCUGGAAUGCCUUACAUGGUCACCACAAAUGUCAAUGUGGAAGAUGGCAUAGUGAAUGGUGCAAUUGGGGACUUGAUGUAUGUCGAAGAGGGCGUUGAUGACUCAGAGGAUCGCAUCAUGAGACUUUGGAUCAAAUUUGAAAACGCGCAGAUCGGGAUCAUUGCGAGGAAAGAGGUGGAGCCUAUGAUACGCACACGACCCGACAUCUUGCAGUCAGAUUGGACUCCAAUCGUGAAGCGAUCCGCAAACAUCGAUCUGGGUAACCGCAUUAAAUGCAAGCGCAUACAGUUCCCGGUUACACCAGCUAAUACCCUUACCAUACACAAAUCUCAAGGUGGAACCUUUGAUAAGAUUGUGUACGACUAUGAUAAGUCCCAGGAUCAGCAAAUGGUGUACGUCGGUUUAUCACGUGUGAAGUCACUGCAAGGCCUCUUUUUGACCAACUCAAAGGGAGACUUCAAGUUCCACCAUGCGAAAGGCUGUGACAGCCCAAAAAUGCGAGAACUGCGUAACGAGUACAAGCGUUUGCAGAAUCACCGUUUGCGCACCAUUGUGGACGAAGUGGGUGAGGUCUUAGAGAGCAGCGGACCUGCCACCACGUUGAUGACCAUCAACGUACAGAGUUUGAGAGCUCACAAGUUGGAUAUAACCACCGAUCCCAUACUUCCCAAGGUUCACUUUCUAGCACUGAGUGAGACGUGGCUGGAUGACCACUCCUCAGAGGAAAUAGAAGAUUUUACCUGUAUCAUCCAAUCGAAGCGGGUUGGUGUGCGAUCGGGAGGUGUUGCAAUCUACCAGAAUACGACCGAUCCGGAUACUACCUUGGCAGUCCCUCAUACGCUUGAAGUGGUGGGCAACGAACGCGACCAAGAAUUCGGCAAGGCAGAAAAGUACGGAGAUAUUUGUGCAGCAAAGGUGAUGGUGAUGGGUACUGAAGUACUGCUGGUAUCAGUAUACAUCUCCCCAGGAACCACAACGAAGCAGAAAAUAUGGUUCCUUGCUCGCAAUUUGAUUCGUACUGCCUACGUGGAUACGCCAAUGAUGGUUACCGGAGACUUCAAUCUUGACAUCACCAAGGAGGAUAGUGCAGACUUCGUGGGUUAUAUGCGAGAACAUUUCAUGCUGAGUUUGUGCAAUGAUACGAAGAAGACGACCACACUUGGUGGUACAGCUCUUGACCUUACGUUCACAAAGAACAUGACGGCGGAGGUCACGCGUUACAUUGCAUAUUUCUCAUAUCAUCGGCCAAUGUUGUCUCUCCUAAGACCAGCAGCAUCCGAACCAUCUCAGGCGAUCUGA